GGUGAUGGAGUCCCGCGCGAAUCCAGGAAAAUUAUGCAACUCGCGUCCGUGCUCUGCGGCUCUUAACUAUACUUAGCUAGUUCGUGGUUUAUAUAGGUAUAGCAGUAAUAAAGUGCCUAGCGGUAGCGCAUCAGCAAGUAAGUAUAGUCGUCGCGACGGCCAGGAACGGCCUUGGCGUUUUGACAGAUGUCAGCUGUUUGGCCAUCGCCUAUAUAUUGUCAAUUCGGGUUUAGGCAGUGCUUAGCUGGCCGAACACCCGAACCUCUUCCCCGUGGAUGAGAAAUGCAGUGCCUACGCGAAGGAAUGUGCUCGUGACAGCGUCUCGUUGCUGCAGAAAGUCAUCGCCAGCUGUAACAUUCCACUACACUCUGUAUACGCACUGUAUACGAUCUCCCGUGAUUCACCCUUACUUUACAGACAUAAAAGUAGGUCAUAGAAGAAUAGCUGGGCUAGGAAAAUAGGAGAUACAUAAUCGUACGAGGGUGAGAGAGCAAGUGGUGUGUGUGUGUGUGUGUAUAUAUAUAUAUAUAUAUACACUGCUCGGACGAACGCGCGCGCAGUGCGCAUCACUCGGAGCUGCAGAAAGAAAAAGGAGAAAUAGACGGCUGUGGCCCGGUAUCGAGAGAAAAUGCAAAAUUGAGCUUAUCGCCUACAAGUCGCAGCUCUCAAACGCGUAUACCUGCAACCAUGGCAUCCGCAGCGGAGCAGCAGCAACAGCAGCAGCAGCAACAACAGCAGGCCCAACAACAACAGCAGACUACCCUCGAGUUCUACCAGGCGAUGGCCGACUUCAAGAAUAUGUUUCCACAGAUGGACGACGAUGUCAUCGAGGCUGUCUUGAGAUCGAACCAAGGAGCCGUUGACACUACCAUCGAUCAACUACUGUCAAUGAGCACUGACAAUGAGAAUGAAAAGAUUCGCAGUGAGAUAGAGGAAAAUGAAGAUGUACCCAAGUCUGAUAAGACUCCCAAGAAGCUGAGAGUCGAGACAAGUAGAAGCAUUCAAAAGUGGCAACCACCUCUACUUGGACCUUUGCCCGUUUCUUUUUUACGAAUUUCCCAUCCAACAGGUGACACCAUAGAUGGCUUGGAUCACAGUGCAGCUCAUGAUAGCGGCCUCCUGGAGGACGAAAGAAUCGCUAUGUUUUUACAGAAUGAAGAAUUCAUGGCUGAGCUGCGUUGGAACGAAGACUUUUUAACAACUUUAGCGACUGAUACAAAGAUACAAGGCAAAUGUGAAACUGGCAAUGAAGAAGACUUAUUUAGAGAGAGACUAAAAAAUAUGGGCAAAGCAUCGAGACGCAAAUUUGCUCAACUUACUAAGGUUUUCACUCGAAGCAAAAAGCGAGGCGGACGCCAAUUAUUGCCACCAACAGCUUCUUGCGAUGAUUUGUUAGAUCCCGAAGAGUCAUCUAGAUCUCGCACAUAAUAAUGCUAUUAUUAUGUAGUGCGAGAAAUUGGGCAGAUGAAAAUUUCAUAAAAAUAUUUUAAUUGGCAUCACUGCGGUGCCAUAAUAAAGUGAUCAGAAUCUCGGUUUAUUUUUUCAACUAUGUAAGAUGAUCUCGAAAUACUUUGCACUUGUUAAUAAGUAUUGCAGCUUCUAUUACAAAUUUAUCGGUAUUAAUAUGACGCCCUAAAGUUUGCUUCUUCAAUUAGCUGCUAGCACACGCGCUAAUCUUGCCAAUUGGAAAAUUACAUAAUUGAAGAAUCAAAGUUGUAUCAUAGAGAAUUUUUACGAAAAUUUGAUAAAUGAUAGGCCUUUUUAUUGUCAUUAAUGUAUAAGUUGUUAUCUGUAUGUAGUGAUCCAAUCACCCCAUCACUUUUUGUUUUACUUAUACAAUUUUUUUAUUAGUAAUACGUCACUUUUGUGUUGUAUUAUUGUGGACAAAAGAAACUUCAGAGUGAUAAUUAACGUACUACACAUAUGCACAUUAUCUGUGUAAUAUGAUGUAAAUUAGGAAAAUAAAACGGAUCUUACACGUUAAAAUUUAGAUCUGAAACUGCAAAAGUUGUACAGAGCGCUCCUAGUCAACGAGUCUAGCCAAUAAUGCAUUAGAUAAUAAGCAUUGAGUAAUCCAUAAUUAUUGUUAUUGUAGUGUGAUAUUUACAGUAUAGAUUAUUAUAUAAAAUAUACAUACAUUGCAUUCAUCACGUCGUAAAGCACGAUAACUGUUACUGACUGGUAAUUGACAGUAUAAUGUUAAGCAGCUUCGAUUAUACUAUUGUCAUGUUAUUUUACACUUCAAACGUCUUUUUUCGAAGAUAGCAAUAUUUGUCAUAUAAUAUAAUACACUACAAGUGCUAUAAUUUUUUUUUAUUAUCUAAUAAAUCUUUUGUACAAAUGUU